AUGGGAUAUAAGAUAUAUUCUAACUCUGACUUAGUUCAAACAGUAACAUGGGCAAACUAUGAAUGGUUCGCUUUGAGAAACUCAGUACAACCACAAGCUAGAGAACAAACAGACCAGUACGCAACCAUUGAGAAAAUAAGAAGACUUGACCCUAACGUUCCAGGAGUUUAUGUUAACCUUUCUGGACAAACUGCAGCAGCAGUAACCAAAGUAAAACUGAAACUUAGAGUUCCUUUGUCAUCUUUCCUCAUCUUCAGGUUUUUAAGAUACUUGCCAAACUGGGCAGGAAAAAUUUCUAUCGAACUUACUCCAAGCAAAAAUAACUUAGUCAUUGCACCAACGCAAGACCCAUUCACUCUUACAGACGUAAAGGGAGCAAAUCAAACGUCAUUCGCCGAAUUUUGCAAAGACAAAGUUGACUUAGACUUUGGCUUCUCAAACCUCAACACUGAAGUAAACUAUUAUUUCAAUGCUGCUGGAACUGCUUGGGACCCAGUUAGGUUUACAUGCGAACAGUUUGAAUGCAAGAGAAUAGAAAGCAGACUUGCAGUCUAUAUGUUGGACCCAGAUAUUUCAAAUGCUUUAGCUGCCAAAUAUAUUGCAGUUCCACUUAUGUUCCCUAUACACCAAAUAUCUGUCAAAGACUUUGCAGGUGAAGUUGGAAACCAAAAUCCAGGAACCGCAGGUGCAAGAACAGAUAUUGCUUUAACAACUGCAAUGAAACAUGCAGAUACUAUGUUUGUACUGUUCAGACGAACUAUAAAUGACUAUUCUUGUUUCUACAACCCCGGUAUUAAAUAUCAUAUAAACAUAGAUGGCAAAUAUUAUCCAAGAGAAGAAUAUUCUACAGUUGAGGAUAUGAGGUCAUACAACUUGACAUUAGAUGCUAUGAACUUUAACAACAACUUCACAACAACCAUUAACCCUGAAAUGCAAAGUUCUAUUAUGCCA